UAAUUUGACUAGUUCAUUUUAGGCCGUGGAACGAUAUUGUCUAGAUAUAAUUUUGUACGUUUUAGUGCGUAAGAACGAAUUAUUAUUUACUAAACGACGAACAGAACAAGCAAACAAAUAAUAAAUAAAUAUUUAAUUAGUCAUAAAAAUUAAAUAAAAUUUAAAACAAAAAAAAAUAAAAACAAAAGAAAUUUAAUUAAUAACUAAUUAAACGAACAAAUACAGUGUAAUUUAUCUGAAUUAAACAUGUUUUAAGUGAUUAAAACAUAUUGGAACAAAAUUUGGAGAACAUUUAAAGGAUAGAAUUUGUAUUGAAUAAUUAACAUGCCUUUUGUUGCACCUAAAACCACAACAACCAGUGGUAAUGCGGCGGGACGCACCACAUUUCGGCCACCAUGGGUUAAAGAUGAUGGCGCCCAAAGUGGCUUAAAGCCCACCACAAAAACAUCUAUACCCUGGGCCCGGAAAACAGCAGACGCCGCCAAAGAGGCCGAAACCCCCAAUAACAGUAUAUUAAAGAAAACUACACCCUCAACGACUUCGAGCAAAACGAAUGCAGAACCCACAGCCGCCUUAAAGAAACCCAGUGAAACUGUGAAAAAAACCACUGAACCUACCAAGAAAAUUACUACACCUGUGAAAAAAGAACCCGCCACCCUAAAGAAACCCACCUCAACCACAACCACAAAAUCCCUAGCGGCCAAGAAAAAGGAGCCCACACCACCUUCCUCUUCCUCGGAGGAAGAGGAAACCGAUGAGGAGGAGGAGGAAGAAGAGGAAGAAGAAACCGAGGAGGAAACUGAAGAAGAAUCCGAAGAGGAGGAAUCCGAAGAGGAGGAAUCUGAAGAGGAAGAAUCCGAAGAAGAGGAGUCCGUUGCUAAAAAACCACAAACACAAACCAACAACAAUAGCAAAACACCAGCAGCAACAGCAACAACUACAACAGCGACAGCUAAAAAAUUAAUUCCACCCAAGACACAACCGCCCAAAAAAGAGGAAGAAGAAAGUGAGUUAAAACGCCGUUUCUCCCUAGAAAAGCCCAAACUUAGGCCGGUCGUAGUUAAACGUGACAAAUCAAUGAAAAAAAUCGAAGACGACGAAGAGGCCGUCGAAGGCGAAACCGAAGAGGAACGCGAACGUAGACAACGUUUUAAGUUAGAGAAACCGAAACUAAGACAUGUUAAACGCGAAGAGAAACCCCUACCUAGCAAAAGUACCGAGAAUGUAUUGAAAAUGCGUCCGGUCUUGAAAAAAGUACCCAAAGUCGACGAGGUGCUUAAGGAAACAAAAGAGGAGCCAAAGCCCGAAUUUAAAACGAAAACUUUACGUAAAACACCGUCAAUAAAACGUGAACCCAGUAUCAAGAAUGUUCCGGCACCCCCACCCUUGCCCUCAUUGGUGCCCAAGGCUCCCCCACCACCUCCACCACCAUUGGGAAAGCCCGGUGAUAAAAAGGAAGUCACAGAGGCACGGAAACAAGCUAUAGAAAAACUAAAAACAAGACCACGCCGACGACCCGACUGGUCGGAAAUGAUGAAGGAAGUAGAAAGUGGCAGGAAAUUACGACAUGUGGAGUGCAAUGACAGAUCUCAACCUAUACUCACUUGUAAAUCGAUGACCAAAGUGGAUAAUAAAUAUAUUUAUGAGACCGAAAACGAUAAUUCACUCAAUAAACUGUUGAAACAAAUUCAGGGUGGCAUUAAAUUGAAGCCCACACGAACAAAUGAUCGCAGUAAGCCCUUCAUAGAGGGUCUACGGAAAUUCCGCAGACAAAUGACCAUCGAAGAGCAACUACAAAAGUCACAAUCUAAAGUCAAUAUGUUGGGCAGCUCUCCCGGAGCUGCAGGCACUACAGAUACCACCGAUGGCAUUGCGCCCUCCGCCAGCUCAACUCGAGCCAGUAGUAUUGUUUCAGCUUUGGUGCUGGACGAUUCCAGUGCUGAUGAACUCGAUGACAUUGAUAAGAUACGUGAUGAUUUGCAGAGCACUAAACAAAUGCUGGCUUUGGAACUGCGUAAUCGUGAGGCUCAAGAAAGAGAAAACAAAAAAUUAUUAGCCAAAAUAGCCACCUUAGAAGCUGAACUGGAACGUGAAAAGUCCAGAGAAAAAACUUUGGAAUAUGGUUCCAGAAUUAUUGUGGCCACCAUGGAAACAACGCCCGAAUCAGAAGAAGCUUUUGUCAAUACGUUGAAAAAGGAAGCCGAAGAAUCCAAGAAAACUGCUAAGGAUUUGGAAAAGAAAUAUUUGACCACCGGUGAAGAAUUGGAUCAAGCCAAGAGUGAAAUAGAAGAGCAAAAGAGACAAAUUCAAAUGCUGGAAAGAAAGUUGGCACAAGCUUUACAGGGUGGCGGUGUGGAUUCAAGGAGAGCCAGUGAUGUCCACAAUGGUCGUGACAGUUCACCAGACUUUGACUUGGCCGAAAGUGAAAGUGAUCCAGAUGAGCCAGAAGAAAAGAAGGCCGAAAAACGUGAGAAACGUUUAGUCAAGGAAGUCAAGGUAUUGCGCAGUAAAUUAACUAAAGUAAAGGUAAAAGAAGAAGCUGCCAAAAAGGAAAAAACAGCACUCAAGGAGGCCAUGAAAAAGAAUCACGUCAUACUCAAGGAAGAAAACAAAAAAUUCAAGAAACUAGAGAAGGAGGUACACAAAAUGGCAGCUUCGAUGAAAGAAGAUGCCGACGAGGAUGAAGAAAAUGAGGAUGAUGAAGAAAAGGAAGAGCAGGAGGAAGAAGAGUCCGAAGAGGAAUCUGAGGAAGAGUCUGAAGAAUCUGAGUCCGAAGAAAGUGGCAAUGAAACCGAAAGUGAAUCAGAAGCAGAGGAUGCUCCUACCUCGGCUAAGAAGGAGAACUUGGAGCCACGCCUUAAGAAGCAUGAGGGACGCUUGUCUGCCAUGAAAAAAUGCAAUGUCCUAUUGCAGGCCAAUGUUGACAAUUUGCAAGAUGAAAUUUCACAAGUUCGCUACAAGGCCUCCAAUUUACAAUCAGAAUUGGAUUCCGUCCUAGCUGAUUUAGGUUUUUAAUUAAUACCGUACACACUCACAUAAUUACACCAGCAUAUUUAUAGUUUUCUUUUAAUAAUAAUAAUAAACCUUUGCAUACAUUUUAUAUUAUCGAUCUAUGAUUGUUGUCUAAUAAGAGAAUAUAAUUUUCUUCUUACCUUUUGUAAAAUGUUUGUUUGUACAAGUUUUAACACAGAUUUAAAACACAAAAUAUAUAAUAAAAACUUUUCCCACACAA